UUCUGUGCUCUGGAGCUGGUUAGAAGCUAGAUGGAGUCCAGAGAGAGUUCCCCGGCACGCAACCUCCAGAUUUCCAGUAAACCUGCGCACCGGGAUCCUCGGGCAUCUGCGAGCGCGCCGGGGAUGUACUUCUGCUGGGGCGCGGGAGAGCAGCCUCAGCGGCAAGUGGUGAGAGGCUCCAGGCUGUGCCUGGCGGCCAGUGGGGAGCGCCACUCCUUGCUGCUGCUGACCGACGGCACCGUGUGGUCCUGCGGAGACAACGGCCGGGGCCAGUUGGGCAGGAAAGGUGUCGAGCACGCCAAGCAGCCAGAACAAAUCCAGGCAUUGGAGACUCUACACGUUGAUUCGGUGAGCUGUGGGAAGGAGCACUCUCUGGCAGUCUGUCACAAAGGAGGGGUCUUCGCAUGGGGAGCAGGUUCUGAAGGACAGCUGGGCCUUGGAGAAUUGAAGGAAACCGUAUUUAUACCGUCGAAAAUAAAAGCUCUUAGUGAAAUAAAAAUAAUACAAGUUUCCUGUGGACACCACCAUUCCCUGGCAUUGUCAGCAGAUAGUCAAGUGUUUUCCUGGGGGAAAAACAGCGAUGGGCAGCUGGGCCUGGACAGGGAGCUCCUCUGGCAAGCCAGCCCGCAGAGGGUGAAGUCCCUGCAAGGGAUCCCCGUGGCUCAGGUGGCAGCCGGAGGUGCUCACAGCUUUGCCCUAUCUGUCUCCGGGACCUCAUUUGGCUGGGGAAGCAAUAAUGCAGGUCAGCUGGCCCUCAGCGGGAGUCAUGUCCUUGCACAAAGCCCCAAGCCUCGUUCAGUUGGUGCCCUGCAGACGCUGGGUGUGGUUUCCAUCAGUUGUGGUUCUGAGCAUACGGCAGUGCUCACUCAGGAUGGGAAAGUAUUCACAUUUGGAGACAAUAGUUUUGGACAGCUGGGAUACAGCUCCACUAAUGAGAAGAAGGGUCCACAAUUCGUGGAAGGAAUCGCUGGGCAGGUUUCACAAAUAGAUUGUGGAAGUUAUCACACUCUGGCAUUUGUCUACACCAGCAGACAGGUGGUCUGUUUUGGUCGUGUAACAAGUGACACAAGCAACCCAGCUCCUGCGGAGAACCUAACAGAAGACUUUAGUAUUAGGUGCCUGAUUUCUGCUGAUGACCUGGUGGACGUUCAAGUCGAACACAUUUUUGCUGGAACAUAUGCUAAUUUUGUAACAACCUGUCAGGAUGUUGCUUCCACAAAUGUUCCCAGGAAAAACCUUCCAGAAAUAAGCCGAAUUAAUCAAUCUCUGAUAAGAAAAUGGACAGCAGUGAAAAGAAGAAGUGAUGAACAAGAGGCUAAAAGGGAAAUUAGAAUGAUCUUUUCAUCACCUGCUUGUCUAACUGCAAGUUUUUUAAAGAAAAGGGAAAUGCAAGAAACCAUUUCCAUUGAUGUGGACCUAGAAAUGGCAGGAAAUAUCUUCAAGAAGUUAACAAAAGAGAAAUGGAUUUCGUCUACGAUAACAACAUGUCUUCAGGAAGAUCUUCUCAGAGCUCUCCCUUGCCGUUCUCCACACCAAGAAGCUUUGUUAGUUUUCCUUCUGCUCCCAGAGUGUCCUGUGAUGUGGGACCCUAAGAAUUCAAAUGAGCUGGUGGUUCCAUUCGCAGAGGCAGUUUGUGAAAUGAAUGACAGGUCUUUAAAAAUCCUGAAAAAGUGUUGGGGAGCCUUGCAAGAAUCUUCUCUGAACACACUGGUCCAGAUGCUUAAAAAAGCUGUUGUCUCUCAGAUUAAAUCCAUUAAACAUCAUAAAACUGAUAAAAAUCUGAAAGCUCUUCUAGAAACAAUGAAAAAGGUGCAUAAGGUAAACAAAACUGCCUGUCGACUGCCGGAAAAUGCUUUCCACAUACAGGAGCUCUCCAGCUUCCUUGAUACACAGAAAAAUAGAUGGAUGCUCCCCAAAUACUACAUGAUGGUUCAAAUGAGCCCACGCCGGAAUCCCACUUUUUUUUUUAAACUUACAGUAAGACGAACUCACUUGGUUGAAGAUGCUCUGCGUCAGUUAUAUGCAGCUGAAAGCCAUGAACUUCAUAAAAAUUUGGUGGUUGAAUUUGUCAAAGAAGUUCGUCCUGAAGCUGCAGGGGUCCGUUCCGAAUUCUUCCAUUGUAUGUUUGAAGAGAUGACCAAGCCAGAAUAUGGAAUGUUCAUGUACCCAGAAGAGGAUUCCUUAAUGUGGUUUCCUGUCACACCUCGACCUAAGAAGGACUACUUCCUCUUUGGACUACUCUGUGGACUGGCCCUCUUCCAUUCUAACAUUGCUAACCUUCCCUUCCCACUGGCGUUGUACAAGAAACUUCUGAACCAGAAGCCGACAUUGGAAGAUUUAAAAGAUCUCAGUCCUGUCUGGGGGAAGAGUUUGCAACGCAUUCUAAACUGCGAAGCUGAUGACAUCGAAGAACUCAACAUGUAUUUUUCUAUACACUGGGACCAAAAUGAUGUUGACUUAAUUCCAAAUGGGAUCUCCAUACCUCUGAACCAAACCAAUAAGAAAGAUUAUGUCUCUCGAUGUGUCGACUAUGUCUUCAAUGUCUCUGUAAAGGAAGUGUAUGAGAAAUUUCAGCUAGGAUUUUAUAAAGUCUGUGACAGGGAGCUCAUCGAGAAAUUCCACCCUGAAGAACUCAUGAUGGCAAUGACUGGAAAUCCUGAUUAUGACUGGGAACAAUUUGAAGAGAAUUCGCUGUAUUUUGAUGGAUACCACAAAUCACAUCACACCAUAGUGAUGUUUUGGAAGGCAUUCCACAAACUGACAUUGGAUGAAAAGAAAAAAUUCCUCUUUUUCCUUACAGCAUGUGAUAGAUUUCACGUAAAGGACCUACAGAAAAUGGGGAUAGUAUUCUGCUAUUCUGAAACUCUGAGUGAAACAGACAACCUGAGAGCAGUGACAUGUCGGAGCAUGCUGAUCCUCCCUAAAUACAAGACAAUGGAGAGGAUGGAGGAGGCACUCCAAGUCGCCAUCAAGUACCGCCAUGGGUUCAUCAACAACUGUUAUCACACUGCAGUCACCUCCGCCAGGGCCCCUCAGAUGUCCAAGCCUUCUCUCCCUGGGAUUCUGUUUUCUGCUAUCUAUUCAGCACAAGGGUUGGAUGGCUUUCAUUAGGAUUCAAAAAUGGGGAGAAACAAUGUGGUGAAUCCAGACUAGUUUUCAUGAAGCAAGGUUAUGCAAAACAACAUUUGCUAUACACACAACCCUUCAUUUUACUAAAUUACUUCCUGAAGAAUAAAUAUCACAAAAAAAACUGAUUAGUAAAAUCUGACAUUUUAAAAAAUAUAUAGCUCAUGAACAGUGAAACUGAAAAGUAAACUGGAAUCUGAAAAAAAUUAAAAGAUAGAAAGAUCUUCCAUAUGUUGGCUUACUCCCCAAAACGGAGAUGUUGAGGAGGACGAACUAUGUCCCUGUGCCGAAUGGAGUGAACUAAUGGAGAGAUGUAAAUACAGUGGGAAAUUGCAACUGACUUUGUGGACCACUUUUUAUGUUAACAGUACAUACAGCUUUAAUACAUCACAUGAUUAGCUAUGUGAGUAAAGUAUUUUCCUGUGAUAAGAGCUUGGGAGUGUAACGCUCCUGCCAGUGAGUAUGUCCUAUUGUGCCUUCUCAGACAAGACUGUGUAAGCCAUUGCCUUCAACUGCUGGACACCAAAAUACUCAGACAGCUGCACUGAGAGCCUAGGCUGUAGGUUCCGGUCUUUCCAGCCAGCCCUGAUCUCCACUGGGUGACCAAGCCAGUCUUUCUUGAAGAAAGGGACCCCUCUAAUUUUAAUAGUACCACAGAGGCUUGCUUCCAUCCUGGGUAACCAUCCCUUGCUCUGUCUGUGGUUAGUGUACCUCUUCCAUCAAAUGUCUCCCCUGUGAAUUUGCUCUUAUAAUUCUCCCUUCCUUAAGCAUUGAAAAAAAAAUCUAUCAUUGAACUGUGUGGCAAUAAAUCGUGGGCUGCAUGAAAUGGC